UUCCCGGCGAAAGACAUGGAGUUGAACCGUAAGCCACGAGGGUUCAUCAAGGGGAAGCUUGUAAUGUCUCUCCAUAGAGCAUCAAAACCCACUUCUCCAGUGCAAAAUAGCAACAAGGUGAACCCUAGCCCUCCAACCACGUCUGUGCAAUUUGUUAUAGACAAGAAGUCUACAAUCCCUCAAAUAGCCCAAAAGAAGACUAUUGAUGCCAAAGCCAAUGAAGUUGGUCGAUUUAACAGCUUUGAAAGCAAUACUAUUGUAAGUGGAGGUGGCAAUGGUGAAGAAAGUGUAGAUAAGAGGGCAGAGGUUUACAUCUCUUAUGUUCAAGAACGUUUUAGGUUGGAAAGGGUGGAGUCAGAUAGGAGGAAGUUCCAAGAUAUGCAUGCAAGAAAUCUUUUUUAACAAUAUUAAAUAUCAUGUACUGGUUUAGUCGUGUAUCUUUUUCUUCAUUUAUUGAAGAGAAGUGUUCUUGUGAAGUUGAUGUGAAGGAUGCUGUUUUAGGUUAUGGGUCGACCAUGCUAUAGAGUGGUUGAUGGAAAGGCUUCUCCCUUCUCUACUCCUUCA